GCAUCUUCAGAGUGGGCACCCGGCUGUGACAGCUUGCAGCUUCACAACCAGGUACCCACUGCGCAUGCGUGAGUAGCGCUGCGCUUCAUGAAUGGUCCUGUAGUCUUCUGGGACCUGCCACAUGUCCCAAAAGACUACGGGGAGGGAGGGAGGACACCUUCCGCUUCUGAUCGCCUAGGCGAUCGGACCGGAAGUGGGAGCGGGUAUCUGUCAAAUUCGGGUACCCUCCCCCCAAAGGUGCCAAUCCUUAACCUCCCUAGUGGGGAGCAGUCCUUAAAGCUGAACUUCCCCUUUUGGGUGGAGCUCUGC